GUGGGCGUGGCCAGCUGGACCUCGCGUGGACGGGAUGUGAGACGGUCAGAGAACGGGCUGGUUGUGACGUCACCAGUGUUCCUGAAAGUCAACAACCUUCUCGGCGGCGCACGAGAGCGGACAGAAGGCACGGCGACGGCUGGCGGGGGGUCGCGGCACCAUCGCGCUCUGCUUUGGCUGAGUCACUGCUGAAGAGUGGGAAGGUCUGAAGAGUGUGAGAGUGAAGCGCCAGAAGGAGGGGGAUAGCCUGCUCCAUAACAGCUUCCACAGAGAGAGAAAGAGAGAGACGACAAGCAAAGCGACACAGAGAGAGAGAGAGAGAGGGAGAGCACCAGGCAGAGAGGGAGAGAGACGCUGACCCCUCCUCUCCCCUCUUCCUCUCCUCUCCUUCUUUCCUCCCUCCCUCCCCCCCUCCCUCCUCACUCGUUCUGGAGCUGGCGUGUUGGAGUGGAGAGCACACCGUGACGGAGGCAUCAUGAGCGAUGUCACCAUCGUCAAAGAAGGCUGGGUGCAAAAGAGGGGUGAAUAUAUCAAGAAUUGGAGACCACGCUACUUUCUACUAAAAACCGACGGAUCCUUCAUUGGGUACAAGGAGAAGCCACAGGAUGCAGACCUCCCCUACCCCCUCAAUAACUUCUCUGUUGCUAAAUGCCAGCUGAUGAAAACCGAACGGCCAAAGCCCAACACCUUCAUUAUCAGAUGUCUACAAUGGACCACAGUUAUCGAAAGGACCUUCCAUGUGGACACUCCAGAGGAAAGGGAUGAGUGGACAGAAGCGAUCCAGAUGGUGGCUGAUAAACUCCAAAGCCAGGAAGAGGAGCGCAUCCAGUGCAGUCCCACCUCACAGAUAGACAACAUCGGCGAGGAGGAGAUGGACAUCUCCAUCAGUCACCACAAACGCAAGACGAUGAAUGACUUUGACUAUUUAAAACUACUGGGAAAAGGCACUUUUGGUAAAGUCAUACUUGUAAGGGAGAAGGCCAGUGGGAAGUACUACGCAAUGAAGAUUUUGAAAAAAGAAGUUAUUAUCGCAAAGGACGAAGUGGCUCAUACGCUCACCGAGAGCCGAGUGCUGAAAAACACCCGACACCCCUUCUUAACUUCUUUGAAGUACUCAUUCCAGACAAAAGACCGCCUCUGCUUCGUGAUGGAAUACGUCAACGGAGGAGAGCUGUUUUUCCAUUUGUCGAGAGAACGGGUGUUCUCAGAGGACCGCACGCGCUUCUACGGCGGCGAGAUUGUCUCUGCCCUCGACUACCUGCACUCCACCAAGAUAGUGUACCGGGAUCUCAAGUUGGAGAAUCUCAUGCUUGACAAAGAUGGCCACAUUAAGAUCACAGACUUCGGUCUGUGUAAAGAAGGAAUCACUGAUGCUGCUACUAUGAAGACGUUCUGCGGUACACCAGAGUACCUGGCACCUGAGGUGCUGGAGGAUAACGAUUAUGGCCGGGCAGUAGACUGGUGGGGUUUGGGUGUGGUGAUGUAUGAGAUGAUGUGUGGCAGGUUACCCUUCUACAAUCAGGACCAUGAGAAGCUUUUCGAGCUCAUCCUUAUGGAAGACAUCAAGUUCCCCCGGACGCUGUCGGCCGACGCCAAGUCUCUGCUGUCAGGCCUGCUCAUCAAAGACCCGAACAAGAGACUUGGCGGCGGUCCAGACGAUGCUAAAGAAAUAAUGCGACACAGUUUCUUCGCUGCAGUUGACUGGCAAGAUGUUUAUGAUAAAAAGCUGAUACCUCCCUUCAAGCCUCAGGUGUCGUCAGAGACGGAUACCAGAUAUUUUGACGAGGAGUUCACGGCACAGACGAUUACAAUAACUCCCCCUGAAAAAUUUGAUGAAGACGGGAUGGACUGCAUGGAUAACGAGCGGCGGCCACAUUUCCCUCAGUUCUCCUACUCGGCCAGUGGUAGAGAGUGAGCCCUACACAGCCAGCACUGCCUCAUCAUCACCAUCAUCAUCAUCAUCAUCAUCAUCACGCUGACCACUGGAGCAGAAUAGUCCUACAGCUUUUACCCAGUCAGACUUAGCCCAAACAAUGCUCCCCUUCUCCACUGGGACUCUACACUCAUCAUCCUCUAAACAGGCCAAGAGCUCCAGGACACGCUUGGAUUUUAAUGGUAACAGGAAUUUUGCACGUCGGGCUGAGCUGAAGUCCAGUCCGCUGAAACGCCCCAGGCUGCUGGGGAGAAGAACUGUUGUUUGUUUACUUUUUGUGUGUUUAAUUUCUAUAUGAGUGUUUUAUUUCUGCAUUGAGAUGCUUAAAUAUGUUCACACUCCUCCUUCAUUGGGCGCAAAAGCACUUAAGCUGCAGAGCACCUUUUCAUCUUGGGUCCAUCCCUGUGUGGCUUGAGAUUCACACACGUAAGCGCUGCGUGUUGUGUGACGUCUGAUACGAAGUACAACCGAAUGCCUCUGUUCUUUUUUUUUUUUUUUUUUGUGUCCAAAACUGCCAUAACAGUAUACUCAGGCUGCACAAGUGUUGAGUUCAGUAAACAAGCUUCACUAAUAGUCGCUCACUGAUCCUAGGCCACUCGCACCACUGGCACUCACGCUAGCGUACAAAAUCAGCACUGCGACACACAACCUCCAUGUUUAUGGCAGUAAUGUAUGUCAGCAUCUGCUGUGUUCAAAUGCUCAGCUAGCAUUUCUCUCUCACUGUGGAACUGCAGUACUUUGCUUUCUUUUACCUACUCAGCAAACGGGUUGAUGGGGAUAAGAAAGGGGAAGACGGAACAGGGGAAGUGUGUGUGUGCGUGUGUGUGUGUGCAUUCUUUCUGUUCUUGAUGUUUUGAGCUGAACAGUUCUGUAAAUCUGAGCCAUACAGCACUGUACCUCCUGAUACUUUAUCUGUUCGGCUCAGAAAAGCCUCGAGUCUCGACGACAGUCUGAUCCAGCCUGUACGGUGUUGACCACUUUCCGAAGAUUAGCUCCCAGCUCGUUCCCUUUUCCGUCAUUCCCUUUUCCUCCUGAUGGUGAAAUGACUGACUAGGAGGAGUAAGAGUGGAGGGAAUGAAGGAAUUGCAUUCACUACAGCAGCUCUAAGCGACGCCGUCAGGAACUCCUAACACGACCGAGACUGAUAUAAACAACAAACGUUCUCUUCCAGUGAUAUAAAGUACAAACCCACAGUGAGAUCAGUGCAGUUGGCUGUAAUCGGUGAAGCUCACAUCACCUGACGGAGUACCGAGUGUUUGUAUCUGUAUUUGUGUGUUAGGUUAGAGAAUGUAGUUAAAUAAAAUGAUCCUAUUUAUUUUUUUCCUGAUUUGUGUUACUUCUAACGAGUGCUGUCCAGAAUUGGACACAAACGCACCUAAAAUGGCUUCAGAAUGUAAAUCAGGCAAAGCAAACAUUUUGUUUUUCUAUUUAAGUUUUUUUUUUUAUUUUUUAUUUUGAACAAGUUACGGUGAAGACGACAUUUUCAGGAGCCUCUUCACUUCUUGAGCAUUGCUUGUUUGUUUGCACAGAGACUUUCUGUGGUGUUUCUGUAUUGCUGCAGAACCUGGUGACCACAAAUACCACUGCAGAAGAUAAAGAACACAGCUUAAGAACUGAGCAGCCUGAAACUAGUGACAGUCGGAACGCAGAGCUUGCUUACGUUCCCCCACAUGGCCAGUGCACUCGUCGUACUAGCUCUCAUCUCCUGUAGGUUGUUGCUGUUAAUUAAGCAGGUGAGGUGAGAUUGGGAAUAAGCCGGAGAUCGGUAAAGCAGCCCAUAAAGAGUUGUGCAAAAGGCAGUCAUGUGAUCUAUGAUCAGCAGCAGCAGCUAUGAGCCUAAUGUACAGUCUGGUGUGAUGUGUGAGAAAUUCAGAUGUCAGUACACACGAGUAAUGCUCACGUCAGGCGUGAAGACGUGCGCCCGUGAUGGACGUCGGAGAGGUGUAACUCUCUGAGUUGGUCAGACCAAAAAUCUAAGUGUUUUAUGUCUUUCUGAGUGUUUUGUGUUUAAAAUCGAUACUACAUUCCAUGAUCCUUGACAGUUUAACAGUGUUUCCUGUCUGUGUCUACUUUUUAUUUCAAGAGAAGAUGGUGGUACGUUUUUCUGUGAGUCUUUGAACUUAACUUGCAUGUUGUGAAACUGAUGGUUUAGAUGGAUCGGAGUGUGUGUCUAUAUACAGUGU